GGUUUUUCCACCGUCUACUCUAAAUUGAAUGAAGAGGGAGAGGGACAAGCUCACAGAUUGACUUGGCUCGGAAGAAGAACAACUUCCUUGCUGCUGCGUAGGGCUGGGACGAGGGUCUGAAGUGAAAGGCCUCAAAUUUACAGAGCAUGGUGUGGUGUGAAAAGGGGCCGUGAUAUGUGAGAACUGAAAUUUUACCUACUUACCAUUUUUUCUAGGGUUUAUGAAAAAUGGGUUUGAUGGAAGGGAAUCUGAUUGCUCUGCAAUUGGUUGCGCCUCUGAUUGUUUGGUUUCUGCUGGGUGCAUGCGAUUCACAAAGGGUGCAUAACGAGCCGAUUCGCAGGUAUUUGGUUACUUCUGGAACUGAAGAAGGUAAAGAACCAUGCCCUGCUGGUUGGAUUCUUGGACCUAAUAGGAGGAAGUGCUUUGGUUAUACGAGAAGCCCCCAACCAUGGAAUGAGUCAGAAACCCAUUGUAAAAGUUAUAAUGGCAACUUAGCAGCAUUCAAAACAUCUCAAGAACUUGCGUUUGCCCAAAAUCUAUGUGCUUCCAGUGGCUGCUGGGUUGGAGGCAGAGGUGUGAACUCUACCAUUGGUCUUGGCUGGAAUUGGUCUGAUAAUACUUUGUAUUGGAAUGGGUCUCUCUUUCAUGUGCAACCUCUUCAGUCAAUUUGCAGUAACAUCUCUUGCCACACCAAUAGUUCGGUCGAUGUAUGCAUAUUGGUGACUAAUAGAUCCACGUCUCUCUUGGCUGAAAGAUGCAAUACGUCUCAUGCUUUUAUAUGCAUGGUUGAUUUAGGGAACAGAUGUUACCACAUGCAUUGCCACAGAGAAUAUCUUAUUAUCCUUGGAGUAGUAAGUGGGUUGAUUCUCUUCACAACAUUAGCUGUAGUGAUUUGGCUUCUUGCAUACAAGCGUAGCAAGAAGCGCAGACGUUCCCGCAAACUAUCUAAUCCAGCAGAAACUGCAUUAGUCACUCCGUCAUGGAAAGUCUUCAUGAAAGAGGAACUAAGGUCAAUUACAAAGAACUUUAGUGAAGGAAACCGUCUUCUGGGAGAUGCCAAGACGGGAGGCACGUACAGUGGAAUUCUUCCUGAUGGCUCAAGGGUGGCUGUUAAGAGGUUGAAGAGAUCUAGUUUUCAAAGGAAAAAAGAGUUCUACUCUGAAAUUGGAAGGGUUGCAAGGCUUCACCACCCAAAUUUGGUGGCUGUGAAAGGCUGCUGUUAUGAUCAUGGUGAUCGCUUCAUAGUUUAUGAGUUCAUAGUUAAUGGACCCUUGGAUAAAUGGCUGCACCACAUACCUAGGGGUGGUCGAAGCUUAGAUUGGGCCAUGAGAAUGAAAAUUGCCACAACUCUUGCUCAAGGAAUUGCGUUCUUGCAUGACAAGGUAAAACCGCAUGUCGUGCAUCGUGAUAUCCGUGCCAGUAAUGUACUGCUUGAUGAAGAUUUUGGAGCACAUCUAAUGGGGGUUGGUCUGUCAAAGUUUGUACCAUAUGAAGUGAUGCACGAGAGGACAGUGAUGGCUGGUGGCACGUACGGGUACCUUGCUCCAGAAUUUGUCUACAGAAAUGAGCUUACGACAAAGAGUGAUGUUUAUAGCUUUGGUGUGCUGCUACUUGAGAUUGUGAGCGGACGUAGACCUGCACAGGCCGUUGAUUCGGUGGGUUGGCAGAGCAUUUUUGAGUGGGCAACACCUCUGGUGCAGGCUCAUCGCUACCCGGAUCUCCUGGACCCUCAUAUAACUGUUUCUUCUCCUGAGAUUCCGGAGGCUGGUGUCAUUCAAAAGGUGGUCGACCUCGUCUAUGCCUGUACACAGCAUGUCCCAUCAAUGCGCCCGAGGAUGUCUCACAUUGUUCAUCAACUUCAACAGUUAGCCCAGACUCCUGUUCUAAAGUAGUUUAAUUUAGCUUCGGGCUAGUAUUUAUCCGUAAUUCUGUACAAUAAUGAGAGUUUGUAAUUUGUAAUUUGUAAUUUUUAUUCUCCAGUUGGUUAGGAGCCAUAACCGGAAUAUAAGGUUUAGGGUUUAGCACUCUAGAGGCCAUAAGUUCUAUGUAUUCAGUAUUUAAUCAUAAUUAUCUGUCUCUGGCAAGUUUUGUCGAUAUUUAACCAAUGUCGGAAAUGUUGACAAAAUUUGUCGAUUUUAGUCGAAUUUAAGAGUUUCUUUGA